AUGGACGAUGCGUGGUUCCAUACCCUCACCUCGGUGUCCGCCACCACAGCGACGAGAGACAAGCCCCAGCAUCAGCGGCGAGCAUCGCUGCUGCAACAGCCCGCGGAGGAGAAGGCUGAUGUGGCGAUAGAGCCCAUUCAGGAGGUCGCUGAGGAUGAGGAUGCAUGGAGCGGUCCACCCACAGCCACGGUGGCCAGGCGUGCGCAGAGCUACAGCGACUUCUAUCACGCCGUGAAUACGUACACGAAGGAGGCAGCAUUGGAGAGGAAGAAGAGCUUGGAUCUACGACAGGAUACACAGCAUGUUGGUAGCGCUGAGUUGGAAUUCGAGAGCGAGUUUGAGGCUCUUGAGGAUGAAUUGUUGGAUCAGAGCCAUUGGGGAUACCAGACCUACCAGGAACAGCUGGAGCUUUCCGACUCUCAUCUCGAGGGCUUGCUCACUUCGACCACAGACACCCUGUCAGUGUUGUCGGCGUUGUCAAGCUCUUUCAAAGCUGUUGAGGCACAAACAGACGCUUUCCGGCAGCAAUGCGAAUCGCUCAUAAAUGAGCAGAGGCGCCUGACCUCUCUUGCAGAUGCCCUGGACGAGAAUGUCCAGUACUAUAAGUAUCUUGAGCCAAUGACCCGACGACUCAAUGCUCCAGGUGCCGCAAACCUGGUCAAGGGCAAAGACUUUCCGGAGAUGCUCUCCAAUCUCGACAACUGCUUGGCGUACAUGGAAUCGCAUCCAAAACACAAAGAGUCCGCCACUUAUCGCAGCCGAUAUCGAUUGCUUUUGACACGAGGAUUGACUCUGAUUCGUCAUCACUUUACCAAGUCUCUUGGUGAGAUUGCUGCAGAUAUUAGCAAGCGUAUCCAAAGUGGCCAGCUCAAGGACACGACUCAUUCAGCAUUGCUGUACGCCAAGUUUCGAGUACCCGCCCCUGAGCUGAAGGCACUUGGUCUGGAAAUACAAAAGCGAGCCGUACCUACACCGGAGGAUGUCGAUGCUGGACGAGAGCCAGAAUAUCUCAGUCUACUCCGCGAACUGUACCAAUCCUAUGCUGCUACCCGAGGUCGACUCAUCUUACCCCUGGUGGCCAAGAAGAUGGCCGAGCUUGCGGCAACACCACGACAAGCAGAUGUGGUAGCUUUUGCGAAGACAAGUUUAAGCUUCGUUCGAGGCAUUGCUCUGGAUGAGUAUGACCUGUGGUUCGAAUGGUUCGAAACUGAUGGCGCGCUAUACGAGUUCCUCGAGAGCCUACUUGAUCCGAUGUUCGACUACCUCCGACCGCGCAUCAUUCAUGAGACCAAACUUGAAAAGCUCUGUGAUUUGUGUGCAAUGAUUCAAGGUCGAUACAUGGAGCUUGAUUCUGAAGAGGAAGACGACCCUGAGAAUGCGCUGAUGAGUCCAUCGAUCAACGGACGGUCUCUUGGCAGGAAGCUGGACUUUGCGAGUUUAGUGCAGCCUGCACUAGAAGAUGCCCAGACAAGGCUUGUAUUUCUGGCUCUCAAUGUGCUGAGAGACGGUAUCGAGAACUACAAGCCGAAAGCUGAGGAUCUUCACUUCUCGCCAAAGGCUGCUACGACAGGCGCAAAUGGAGCCAAGAAAGGGCCAGUGCUCUCAGGCAAGCGGAAUCCUUCACUGCCCAGUACACCCGUGCCCAAGACACCAGCAGUCGAAGACGACGCCGACGACGGCGAGAGUAUGUUCAGCAAGCAGCUCACCGCCGAGACAACAACCCCAGCAAGCCGGCAUUGGUACCCCACCCUACGCAAAGCCAUCUGGCUACUGCGUAGGAUCUACCGUCUGGUCAACAGCACUGUCUUCGAUGAUCUGGCACAUCGAAUCGUGCAUUCUACGAUCGCGUCUCUGAUCUAUGCAAGCCAACAAGUCGGGUCCAAAAAGAGCACGGAAGACGGUCAACUGUUCCUCAUCAUCCAUUUGCUACACCUCAAGCAGCAGAUUGUUGCCUUUGACAUUGAGUUCAUUCCGCCAGAGGUGGAGUUUGACUUCUCUUCAGUGACGAAUACGUUCUACGAACUGCGCGAUCGUGGCAAUCUCUGGAACCCUGCAUCUUGGAUGCGCCUCGUAAGCGGUGCUGUUGGAGGUGGCCUGCUUCCUAAAGUUGUGGAGAACAUGCUUGAUGCCAAAGCUGAGCUUGACGGGCGUCUCAGGACAGUUAUCAACGACUUCGUCAACGGCUAUGCCAGUCACAUUACCGCGCCUGUGGAGCCCGUCACGGUCGCCCAACAAAAGACUGAAUUCGACCCAUUGAAAGCGGUCCGAACGGUGCGUGGUCUGGCCGAGAAGGACGUGCCUGCCCUUCGUGCCAAGCUGGAGGAGUUCGUCGACGAUGUGAGGACAAGAGAGACCCUCGUCGCUGCCGUCAGAGAUCAAGUGAUCAUGACGUAUGAAGAGUUUUUCGACAAUUACAGUGAGGGCAAGGGCAAAAAGCUGAGCCGUAAAGGCAAGGCCAGGGAGGACGAGGUUUGGGGGCCGCUGCUUUUCAAUGAUUCGAUGGAAAGAGUAUUUCAGGUUGGUGAGGUGGACGACAGUGAGGGAAGCGGCAAUGUGAGCGAUUAG